GCGUUAUUGUCUAAUAUGGCGUGAUUCCUACUUAGUCAAUUAUAAUAUAAAGGCUUAAGUAUGAUAGUUUUAUUAGACAUUAAUUAUUUAUUAGUAAACUUACACUGUAAUAUGAAAUUCAUCUUAGUUUUAAGCUUAUUAGUCCUUGUAACAUUAGUUUAUGUUGAAGCAAGACCUGAAGGUGAUGAAUUGCUACUGCGAAAAAUGCUAUUGGAUACUGCUGAUAAACUCAAAAUGUUAACAUUAAAACAUUUAGCAAUAUUUCGUAAUAAAGUUCAAAAUUAUUUCAGGGAAGAUGGUUUAGGUGAGAAAAUAGCAGAAGUUUUACUUGUUUUCAUGAAACGUUUGAAUAGACGCUUAGAAAAUUGUUUAAAAUCAUCUAAUUUAGAAUAAAAAAACUUAUAACAAUGUUUUACCAUUUGGGAUGUAUUUAAAAAAAAAACAAAAAAAGAACAAAAAGAACAAAAAAAGAAACAAGAAACAAUAAUCAAUAUAUAUAUAUAUAUUUCAUUAUAAACUAAACUAUCCAUAAUGAAAGAAUUAACAGUUAGCAACGAAAAGUAAACAAUAUAGGAACUAUUGAUGAAUCUUUUGUUAUUUUUACUUGUAUACAAUUUGAUGUUUCAAUAUUAUUAUUUAAAUGUUUAAUAAAGAGAAAUAGUUUAGCUAAAGAAUGUUAUAUAAUUAAGAAAUAUACUAUCAACAGUAGUUG